GAUUGGACGAUUUUGAUGACGAAAGCGUUGACUGCCAUCAAGAAUAACACAGGGAACCACAAAAGCACACCGUUGACAGUCUCUGCAUGGUUCUUUUUACGUCCACAACGUAACAGCCCAGUUAUGGAGAAACUGAAAAAGGAAGAAACGAUUGAGUUGCGAAGGCGGCACAUAGGAGAAUCCUGUAAGCUGUUUUUCAAAACCUCACCAUUGAAAAUAUUGAGAGCAGCAGGCCAGUAUAUGUAUGAUGAAAAUGGAACCAGAUAUCUUGACUGCAUUAACAAUGUUGCUCAUGUUGGCCACUGCCACCCAGAUGUUGUCAAAGCUGGCACAGAACAGAUGGCUGUACUGAACACAAACUCACGCUUCCUACAUGACAAUAUUGUGCAUUUGGCAGAGAGGCUCACAAAAACCAUGCCAAGUAAACUCUCUGUUUGCUACUUGGUGAAUUCUGGGUCUGAAGCCAACGACCUUGCAUUGAGAUUAGCCAAAGCACACACAAAAGGCACUGAUGUGAUUGUUAUGGAUCAUGCAUACCAUGGACAUUUGGUAUCCCUCAUUGACAUCAGUCCAUACAAAUUCAACAUGCCUGGAGGCGAGGGGAAAAUGGACUGGGUACAUGUGGCUCCAUGCCCUGAUGUUUACAGGGGAAAAUACACAGACAAAACUCACCCUGGAGAGGACAUGGGCUUGCUGUAUGCUAAUGAGGUCAAAGCCUUGAUAGAUGGAGCUCACAAACAAGGAAGGAAAAUAUCAGCAUUCUUUGCUGAAUCUUUACAGAGCUGUGGAGGGCAGAUUAUCCUGCCACCAAAUUACCUCAGAAAUGUUUACAAGUAUGUCCAUGAAGCUGGGGGUAUUUGUGUAGCAGACGAAGUACAAGUGGGUUUUGGAAGAGUAGGAGAUCCAUAUUGGGCAUUUCAACUUCAGGGAGAUGAUAUUGUUCCUGACAUAGUAACAAUGGGCAAACCCAUGGGUAAUGGCCAUCCUGUUGCUGCUGUCUUAACAACCAAGGAGGUGGCACAGUCCUUCACUGACACUGGAAUUGAAUACUUUAAUACAUAUGGUGGUAACCCAGUGUCCUGUGCCAUAGCCUCUGCUGUGAUGGAUGUGAUAGAGAAAGAAGGACUGGUACAGCAUGCCAGAGAAGUGGGGAACUACCUUCAAGACAGACUUGGGGAACUGCAGAAGAAACAUCAAAUUAUUGGAGAUGUUAGGGGUGUUGGUUUAUUUGUUGGUGUGGACCUGGUAAAGAGCAGGGAGACAAGAGAACCAGCUACUUCAGAGGCACAGCAUGUAAUAUACAGAUUAAAAGAGAGUCACAUUUUGCUGAGUUCAGAUGGUCCAUAUCGUAAUGUGUUAAAGUUCAAGCCUCCUAUGGUGUUCAGCAAGGAAGAUGUAGACUUUGUGAUCAAGUGCCUAGAUAGUGUUUUCUCUGAAAUGGAGGAUGAUCCACUUAUCCUCAGUCUAACCUGCACUGCUGCCUCUGCCAAAGUUACCAAUGGGGAGAGUAGUCUUGGGGCUGCAAAGGGAAAUGCCAGUAAUGGUGAUAUUGAGGAUGACACUCCAAAGAAGAAGUUGAAGCUAUGUUAAAUCAUUAUGCAGCAACCUAAUAUCUUUGAGAGAGGUUGACAUUGGUUGAGCUAGGUAUCAGGAUAUAUACCUGCAAAACUUAUAAUGCAUUUUAGGGCAUUUAUUGUGUAUGAUGAUAAAUGAGUAUGUGUUGUUAUUGUAAUCACACUGUCAGGAAGUUCUCUAAUCCAUUGUUUUAAAGCAUUAAGUGGGGGGAUGGGAUGUUUGUGAAGCACAUUAUUUAUUGAUGAGAAAUUGUCUUUCAGCACAACAAUCACCAUGAGCUAAACUUCUAGUUCACCAUGGCCAUGUUUCAUAUUUUCACCCUUAUUAUGCCCUCCUGUAUUUUCAGUAAUUAUAUAUUGAUACUAACAAAUUAUUACACAAAGAUGCAUUUAUAAAUAAUUCUGAAUGUUGAGCAGGCUACAUAAAUCCUAAAAAGCUUGAAUUAAGCACCCUAUUGUAUGUGCUUGUAUAGCUGUGAUCAGAAGUCUGUUCUUUCAGUGCCAUUUGCAUGCAAGACCUUGACUCUGAUUUAAAUUGUACUAUUCAAUAUCUUUAAUUUUUGGAAAUCCAGUUAUUUACUAGUAUAGCUCCUAUGAGGUGCUUAUGUAACGAUUUAGGUCGGAUCAUUUAUUUUACACAGUGAAGGUACCAUCUACCAGGGCCGCAGAUUAAUUAUACAUAUACUUUUCUUCUCUCACAUCAGUGGAGAAAUGUGCUGUGAAUCAGCCAGAGACAUAUCUGUGAAUAUCUAGUGAAAAAUCAAUCUGCAGAGGGUACAUCGUAGGGAUCUUCCUGGUCAUCUGAGGUCCUGUACUGCCGUAAUACUGACUUAUACUGCCCGUCAUUACUAUUUCUCUUUACACAUACACAAAUAAAAGUCCAAAACCAAUUUUUUUACGUGCCAAUUUUACACACAAAAUGUGAGUGCUGGUGGACAGAUAUGUUCUUUUAUCUCAUGAGGUUUAUAGCAUUUAAGUGCUGAUCACAAAUUUUUAACUUGAAUUUUAAAAUGAUUUUACACCAUAAUGAAUGUAUCUAGAAGGUGGUGCAAGGAAUCAAAACACAUGCAAAUGUCAAUGCAAAAUGAAUGUAAAGGAUAUAAAAAAAUUUAAGGUGAUGAUAUAUUGCUUUUUUGAUUUAGAUUUGUUUUCUCCACUUUGUGAUUGUGCUGGUUAAAUCUAUUACAGCCACAUUGGAAAACGUCAUCAUAUUGAUGAUGAAAUAAAUCUUAGAAUCAG